CCGACCCACCCCCCAAUCCCCAGCAUCCAGCAGCCAUCCAUCCAUCCGUGCCUGGGAAUCAGCACCAAGUCCUGCCCGGGCGCGCAGCACCGACCCACGGUGGAGGAGGGAGACGAACAGGAGAGGGGAGGGGACGCAUCCUCAGCAUCCGAGUGAUGCCACAGCGCCCACUGCAUUUGGAGCAGCAGCCCUGAGAGUUCAUCUGUCUAAAGUGGCUUCUGCUUCCGGAGAGGACGCCUUCCCAGCCUCGACGACUGCAGCACACUGCCCAUGAAGAUGUCCAACGCUGACAUCGUCCUGAACGCCGCCGAUCGGGUGGUCAAAUCUGUCCCCUUCCCCUUAAGCCACCGUCUGACCAUGAAGGAAGUGUUCGACUGCGAAGCGAAGCCUCGAGUGGAUCUCCUGAAGGCCCACCUCACCAAAGAAGGUCGCGUGGAGGAAGCUGUUGCGUUGAGAAUCAUCAACGAAGGGGCGGCAAUCCUUCGCCAGGAGAAAACUAUACUGGACAUCGAGGCUCCAGUCACAGUAUGCGGGGACAUCCACGGGCAGUUCUUUGACCUGAUGAAGCUUUUCGAAGUUGGAGGAUCACCAGCCACAACACGUUACCUGUUCCUGGGGGACUAUGUGGACCGUGGCUACUUCAGUAUUGAGUGUGUUUUAUAUCUUUGGUCGCUGAAAAUCCUCUAUCCAAAGACACUAUUUUUACUGCGUGGAAAUCAUGAAUGUAGACAUUUGACAGAAUAUUUCACCUUCAAACAAGAAUGUAAAAUCAAAUAUUCGGAGCAGGUGUACGACUCGUGUAUGGAUGCGUUUGACUGCCUUCCUCUGGCUGCGCUCAUGAACCAGCAGUUUCUGUGUGUCCACGGCGGACUCUCACCCGAAAUACACACGUUAGACGACAUUAAAAAGUUGGAUCGGUUUAAGGAGCCGCCGGCUUUCGGGCCCAUGUGCGACCUGCUUUGGUCGGAUCCUCUGGAGGACUUUGGCAAUGAGAAAACCCAGGAAUAUUUCGGCCACAACACAGUGCGAGGUUGCUCCUACUUUUACAGUUAUCCAGCUGUGUGUGAGUUCCUACAGAGCAAUAACCUAUUAUCAAUAAUCCGAGCGCAUGAGGCACAAGAUGCAGGUUACCGGAUGUAUCGCAAAAGUCAGACCACUGGAUUCCCUUCCCUCAUUACCAUCUUCUCUGCACCAAACUACUUGGAUGUUUACAACAACAAAGCUGCCGUACUCAAAUAUGAGAACAACGUCAUGAACAUCCGACAGUUCAACUGCUCGCCUCAUCCUUACUGGCUGCCCAACUUCAUGGACGUCUUCACCUGGUCACUGCCCUUUGUUGGAGAGAAAGUCACAGAGAUGCUGGUGAAUGUGUUGAGUAUAUGCUCCGACGACGAGCUAAUGAACGAUGAAGAUGAGAUAUUCGACGCCAAUGCAGCAGCAGCACGCAAGGAAGUGAUCCGAAACAAGAUCCGCGCUAUCGGGAAAAUGGCAAAAAUGUUCUCAGUUCUCAGAGAGGAGAGUGAAAAUGUGUUGACGCUCAAGGGCCUAACGCCCACUGGCAUGCUGCCGAGCGGGGUUCUCUCUGGGGGCAAACAGACGCUGCAGAGUGCCACCAUUGAGGCCAUUGAAGCCAUCGAGACGCAUGAUGAGGACAGAGAAGCCAUCCGUGGCUUUUCCCCGCAGCAUAAGAUCACCAGUUUCGAGGAAGCCAAGGGUCUGGACCGCAUCAACGAGCGCAUGCCCCCUCGCAAGGAUGGCGUCAACCACGUGGGUCACUCGAUGGGAAAGAUGAAUAUGUCCGAGGCGAACGGCACGGAUGACAACAGCAACAUCCAGUGAGCCUCGGUUGGUGGUAGUUGUGAUGGAGGUAGGGGGGGCAGCAGCAAUUUUUGCGGGUGUUGCCCGUGCAGUGAGACAUUGCCAAAUCGGAAAUUCAGGCCUCAGAUCAUAGAAACACAAACGGGCCCACAGCAGAUAGACAGAGGGUGAAAUCUGCAGCUAAUGUAAAAGGAGCCCAACGGUCAUUUGUUUGGUGACAGCAUGUCGUUGCACAGGUGGAGCAGGCUGGGGGCUGCAGUGUGCGUCCAAGUGGUGUCUGUUACCUCCCUCUGCUCUAUUACAGACUCUGUUCGACCUUGACGGAAGACAUAAUUGCAGUAUCCAUGCCAUGCUGAGUAUUUUACUCUUUUUUUUUUAAAGUACUUAUAACGAGCUACUCACAAACUCACAGCUCAAGGAUAUCAGUCUUGUUUUCAGACUAUUAAAACAAUCUCACAACACCUAAGGAAUGGGGGGGGGGGGGGGGCAGAAAAAUAAAUGUGUUAACAGUGUGGCAGCAUAGAGCGUUAUCUGGCAAGGAACCAUAUUUGAUUACUUCACACUGGAUUCGUCACUAUGAGGCAGUGGAACCAGCAUAUCAACAAUGACAACUGAUAAUUACUAAUCAUGGAGACUUUAUAAAUACUGUAUGCAGUGUGAUUUUAGUGCUUUUUCCAGCAAGGUACCAAUUUGAUUACUUCCGAAUAGGUCCCCUCUCAAUGAGACGUGUACUAUGUAAAUGCUCCCAACAAUAAAGUAAAACUCAAACUAUCAGAAAUAAUGUCUGAACUGUAGUUGUAGCAUUUUACCCAGCAAACAAAUUUGGUUAUUUCAUACCAGUCUAUUGAGCGAUGGAAUUACAGUCAAACCUUGAUUUUCAUUUGUAAUUUUUUCCAAAAGUCAGACUAAAAACCAAGCAAUUUUUCCCACAGGAAAUAAUGUAAAUCCAUCCAUCCAUCCAUUUUCUACCGCUUGUUCCUUGCAGCCCAUCUCAGCUGCAUUUGAGCUGGAGGCGGGGUACACCCUGGACAAGUCACCACCUCGUCGCAAAUAAUGUAAAUUCAAUUAAUCAAUUUCAGACACCCAAAAACAUUUUUAAGAAUAAUUAUGGUCAAUGCAGAAAACCAUGUGAAAUAAAAAAUAAAAUGGAUGAAUUAACACUUUAUAUCACUUUUGACAACUCCUGUUUUCGUGAAGCUGGCACCUCUGUACUUAAUAGUGUUUGUCACCUUUUUUAAUCAAAGAGCUAGGACUCACAACUUUAUUUGACCCCGUCAGAGUCAAUAAAUAAAGCUGGGGUCUGAUUGAGACAUCAAGACGUGCGAUUACUUAUUUGGGCAAUUGAUUUCGCAGAAUGAUACACUCGCUAAAUACCUCGCGCUAAACAGCGUGUGCAAUCUCUAAAACAGCGUGUACUAUUAGUGGGCGUGUUGCGUGGGAUUUACUAAGACUGCAUUUGCAAUUGGAAAGUGGUGCAGACAGCCUUACUUAAAUUGUGUUUACCAUACCAGGCAUCACCACGGAGACACUGUCAUUUACUGUACCUUUAGAAGCAGUCCUGCAAUGCAUUGACAACAACACCACUUUAUUUAUUUAUUUUUUACAGCUGAAGGUGUACUCAUUGAAGAGAGGCUGCACAUACUCCUCCUGUAGAGAUGGGGAAAAAAUCCUCCUUAAAUAAUUUUUUUUAAUACAAAAACAAUUUUAAUGAUAUUCUCUGUAAAAAAAACAGAUGUCAUUAAAAAAUAAUAUCAAAUAAUGCAUCUGGCAAUUUUGUCACCUCAUAAUUCUCCAAAAUUAAUAUGGUGUUAGUAUAUUUACCUUAUAUUUUCGCUGAAAAGUCACUGCAGUGUGAGAUUAAACCUCCACACGACUCGCCGCCAGUCAUCUCCUAGCUACUUGGAAGAGUUGAGGAUAGAAAGAGGGGGCGGUGGGACACUUAAUCUCCUCAACAUCUAUCUUAAUAAGAGAAUGUUUGAAAAGCUUCCAUUUUUAUAUCAAAGUGACAUUAUUAUUUGUGCUCACGUUGGCAAAGCAUGACCUGCACCUCGCACAUCUUCACUUUCUGGGGGGGUAAAAAACAAUCCUCCUCUGCUGAAGAAGCUUCAGCGAUCACUCCCGUGUUGCUAAAGGACCGGAUCACAGAGGUGAGGAAAAGAAGAGAUUUUGGAAUUUUUGUAAUAAUAAUAAUAUAUCCUGCUUGUCCAGCACUGCCUGGUUUCUUACCUGCUUGUCUCUGAAGGGAAAGAAGAGAUGUGUGUCGUCACUCAGGUGUGCAUUAGCGCCCCCUUUUUGUGUAUGUUUUUUUUGCACAUUUCACAGAGAUUUUAUGUGUAAUAUCUACACAAAGAACAUGAGAACUAAAAGAAAUUCAAAAAUAGACUUCGGUAUAGAUAUUAUGUCAUUUGGAAUAGGCAGCAACCCUGACAUGUUAUUUUAAUUAUUUAAAAAUCAUCUAAAAAAAAUGUAUCUAUUUUUUAAAGACGAAUCUCACCAUGCAACGCCAAGGUGAGCGUUCACACUGUGAUCCAGAUAAAACAGCAACUGUAAAGAUUUUCUUAUAUCUUGAAAUGGAACAAAAAGAACCACUUUUUUUUUUUCUAUUGAGUAGAUUUUUGAACUUGGAGACCCUAACUUGAAAGGAAACCCUCAAUGAUCAGACCAAAUUAAUAAGACACAAUCGGAUUUGUAAAUGUGACAUUCACAUCCAUUAUUUUAAGUACUGUCUUUUUUAUUUAUUUAGAGAAAUAUCGCGACUCCUUAAAGGGGCUAUUUACAAACUUUCCACAGAUGCCUGGAGGGCGCUAACUUUUCAAAGUACAGUAGUACCUCAACUUACGAGCUUAAUUGGUUCUGUGACAGAGCUCUUAACUCAAAACACUUGUAUCUCAAAUCAGUGUCUGGAUUGAAAUAAUUUUAAUUGGUGCUGGGCCAUCCCUAAAACAGCACAAUUUUAAAUUCAACUUUAAAAAAAAUGUGUAUAAUUAUUGUACGAAAAUAAUACAAUAGAAUGUGCUACAAACAAAUACAGUAGUUUUAUGAAGUAAAGUAUUGAUAAUGUACAGUAUUUACCUUGGAGCGUGGACUUUUACGGUAUCUCUUUCCAGCUCUGUCAAACACACAAUCAGCAGCUUUUCCCAAUUUUUAUGGAUACAUUUCCGCCGUUUAGAUAUUGUUUUAAUAUUCAUGGUUGGCCUUAUACUUAUUCUGCUUCAGUAUGGUGCAAACUAGCAGUUCUGCGCAAGAUUAAAAUUACACAAUGAAAAGCAUUUCGGAAUGCAAGUGCAAUAUACAUACACACAGUGCUAGUUACAAAUAAGUGUGCAACGUGGUCAAGUUACAGUAUUUUAGCAGCAUCAUUUAAAGUGCAGAUGUAUAUAAAGUGCAUCAAUGUAAUCAUAAAAAUAAACUUUGUUGAAGCAAUUGUUAGUUGCUUCUCAAGCACUAGUUUUGUGUGUGUGCAUUAAAAUGUGUGGGCUAGAAAGCGGCGAGUGACAGCCUCAAGGCCAGACUAUAAUUCCUCUGGCCGACAAGCAAUUUGUAUAUACAAAAAGUAGUACACUAAGUUAAUUUUGAACGUGCAAACAGUUUCACAUAGAUACAGUUUUUCAUUACAGCAUGUCCGAAACGGGGUAGGAAGGAGCAGAGCUUAAUUUUUCCUAUUGACAAUUUAAAACAUAAAUCUGUUCUGUUAGACCACUAAAGAUAACAUAGGAUAGCCAGAUGUGUUGCUCUUAUAAUUUUUGGUUUGAAAAUUGUUACUGCCAAAUGACAAAAUCGGUGAGAAACGCAGCUUCAUAGAGAUUUUUGGUUCCCAGGGUGGUGAUAUUUCUAAAAAACACAUUAAAAAAACUAAACUAAAUGUGAUGAUUUUAAUAUCACAUUUGCUGGUUUUCCAUAGUACAUCUGAACACUGAGGGUUCCCUUCAAGAAAAGGCAACGUUCUGUAUUUUUAUAUUUCUUUCCACUCCAUCUUUCUAGAGAAGAAUAAAGGUACAGUAUGUGACUUCAAAGACGGACAGAACAGUGAUUUUUAAACACAGCAUCUAUGGUAUGGAACGCAUCGAUGCAUGCAGUUAAGUUCCUAAUUGUAAUGUGAGAUUAUAAUUGUAAUACUGUAGUUGUGUUUUUCGAAUAGUAAACUUGAAUUAUUUUACGAUUACAUUCAAUUUGUUGUUUCAUUUGUCUUGUUUUUAUAACAUUUUAUAAAUAGGCUUCCUUUUUGAGUUACUGUCCAUUUUUCAUUUGUGUUAUUUAUUGCCACUGCUUUUAAUUUUUCUACUGAUUCGUUGUAUGCAGGGAUGCCCUUCAAAGUUUUUAAUUUUUCUGUUGUACUGAUGUACAGGAACUGUAAUAAUAGUGUGAAUUAAUAUAAUCUCAGUGAAAAGCUACUUUCAGGCUGCCAAAGCAUGAUAGCAUGGUUUUCAGAUGUAAAUGAAAUGGACACCAAAAGAAUCAUGUGUCACACUUGCGUUUCAACAAAGAAACAUUGUACUGGUUCUAUUUACUGCUGAUAUUACUAUUAUUGUUACAAGUUAAGCUUUAUGGUUAUUUUCCUUUCCUCUUGUUCUGGUUCUUGUAUGGUCUACAUGCAUAUUUCGACAAACAAAUAUAAUGGAUUUGAUCUUGCAAAAUAUUUGAUUUUAAUAUCUCUGCAAAUAUGUUUUCUUUUGCUGUUUCUUGUUUUGUUUUGUUAUGUUUUUUGCAUUCAAAUUCCUAAAUGAUACACACAUUGUAAGCAUGCCCUAUGGGACAAAUCUCAUUUUUUACUCUUGAAUAAAAUAUGCAUGAACAA